AUGAGUUUUGGGGGCUUUUUUGACCUUUCACGUUUCAUGUCAAGAAAAUAUACUCGUAAACAGCACUUCAAAUGCAUCAAUUUGAUGGAGGAUUUCUUCGCGGUUCAUCCGAAUUUUGCUCAAGAAAUUCAUCAACAACUUUGCAUACCCGUUGAUUUUAGUGAAGAGGAGGUUUCAGAAACUCCAAUGGAGUACCGUCCAACCCUAGGUCUACCUGCAUUUCCUUCAGUGUUUCAUUGGACCAUAGGAAUGAGGCCUACAGUUACUCAAUUUCCGAUAUUAAACAAAAAAUGGCAAAACGUUUCACGGGGCUUUGCUCUCCCCAAUUGGAAAGACAACUUUGACGGCUGCGGUGAUAAACUCUUAGAUACUUUACAUAUGGUAGCCAAGUUACUUGCAAUUGGCUGUGACAUACCAAUGGAUACUUUCUCCUCUUCUAUGCAUCUGGGCCCACACUUUUUGGUUGCAAGUGGAUAUGAUUUACGCAAUUUUGGCGAGGAAGGCACUCUCUUGAGUCCAUGCCAUUGCGACUCAACUUUCCUUAGCAUACAAGCAGGAAAUAUGUUUCCUGGUCUCAACAUAUGGACAAAGGGUGGCAGAAAAGUUGAAGUUGCAAUUCCGGAUGGAUGCCUUCUCGUUCAAACCGGAAAGCAGAUGGAGUGGUUGACAGCGGGAAGUUACAAGGCUUCAAGAUAUGAAAGAGUUGUAUCUAAGAAGGUUAUUGAUGCUAUUAACCUCGCAAGAGCUCAGCAACGCAGCUUGUGGUCAGUUUCUUUAAAGGUGAGUGAAAUUUAUGACAUAGGUUAA